AUGUGCGCCGAGCUACCAACGGGGACGUGUCCCACAUCUACACCUCGUCACUUCAAAGACUACAACCAUAUUCAUACCUUGAUGGAGCGAUACGGAACUAGCGUUUGAGUACGUAUACAAUGGCGGAAGGUGGUCCCCAUGCAGACCCUCACUCUGAAGACAGCACACUACGAAACCUUUCGGACUCCAACAUUCUCGAAUGUCCGAUCUGUCUUGAGCAGUUACGACAGCCGAAGUCUCUACCGUGUCGUCAUUCUCUUUGUGAGGAAUGUUUGAGUAGCUACAUCGUCAUUGAAGUGUUAGGGACGAGUGAUACGGCGACUUCCUUUAUCUGUCCGGUAUGUAGGACCCUAACUCACCCCGUGGACAAAACAGAGGAUAAAGAGAAAUGGGCCCAGCAAUUCCCGACCGACACCGUUGCCAUAGAGAUGAUACAACUGAGAAACAGAACGACAGAGCCACGUUACUGCACGCCCUGUCAGAGGAGGAAGGGAACCAUGGUACCUGCACAAUUCUGGUGUAAAACUACUCAGUCAUUGUUCUGUGAGUCUUGUAAAGUGGAUUUCCAUGAUAUGGUCCAUGUGAGCUGUGAUAUCGUAGAUAUGAGGGNCAGGAACGUAUGGAUAAACGUAUCAGAGAGAUGA